AUGCAUGGGUUGACACCACUUAAUGCUAUUGCUCCUCUCCGAACGGAGUUGACCGGCAGCGCAGAAGCACCGUCCGCCACCGUUCCCAGCUCGGAGCUGACUUUCCCAGACAAUGACAUCUGGGCUUACCUUGAACGCAGGAGUUCGCCCAUCUUAGCGCUUGCCUCCCUAGUCGCCACUGUUGCGACGGUGGUUCUUAUCAUCCAGUGCUUCAGGGCCCUUCAUUCCGACAAAAAGCUGACGAGCCUUAGAAUGAAUGGGCGGACGCUUGCGGAAGGAGGUUCAGGCUCGUGUAACGUAGGCUUUCCCCAACACGUGCAUGGUAUGUAUGUCACGCAGACGGCUAGCAGGGCGCACAUUGAGCUUGUGUAUGUUUGGUGGUUAGCAAUUCAAGUUGCUGAAUGCGUUCUUCUUAUUGAAGCUGAGGGUUUGUGCGCUGAUACUGACGUAGACGACAUUCGCCAUUCCGACCAGGAGGAUCGGUUCUGUAAGCUCGCAGCUGUGGGUUCACAACGGCACCCCCGGUUAGUGAGCACUUGCAAGGCAGGUGCUGGCGGGCAUCAGGCUUUCCGGCAUUCAGGUGUUGUUGAUGAGCAGCAGCGGUCAAUUUCAGCAGACUUGCUCUUGCGCGGCAGCGAUAGACCGGUCUGCGACUAA